AUGGCAACAGUCAAUCAACAGGAGAUGGGACUACAGGGUGGAGCUAAUAUGGCUGAGGCUGCAACUCUGAAGAUGAACUGUUCUGGAGGGUAUGAAGAGGAGGGAGUGAAGACAGAGAGGAGAGAAGGGAGUGGUGGUCCACUGAAGACACACACACAGACAGAGACACACACACACGGAGACACACACACGGAGACACACAGAGAAGGGGACAGGUAUCUGGUUGGACAGGUGCAGGGAGACAGCUGCAGGAUGUCUUUGUUCGAAUUCUGGAGGACGAGGAAGGAGAGAGGACAAGUGCUGCAAAGGAGCAGAGAGACGAAGCUCUCUCCAUCAGAACUGUAAGUCUGAUCUAAAGACAAAGAACGACCAAAAAAUGACUAAAGAAACACUAAACAACAACUGAAAAUAACAAACAACAACUAAAGAAACACUAAACAACUACUAAAGAAAACACUAAACAACAACUGAAAAUAACAAACAACAACUACUAAAGAAACACUAAACAACUACUGACAAAACACUUCAUAACCUUUGAAGAAGUGAAAAAAAACUAACCAAUAUAAAAUACCACCAAACUACAACUUAAAAACUACAUUAACAACCAACGACCAUUUAAAUCAAACUGUUAUUAUCUAUGAAUAAUCUGUUAUAAAACUACCAAAGAACUACUAAAGACCUACUAAAGACCUACUAAAGACCUACUAAAGACCUACUAAAGACCUACUAAAGACCUACUAAAGACCUACUAAAGACCUACAGUCCCCUGUCAUCUAAGCUCAAUCUCUGUGUACGACAGUGAAAACUAUAAUUUCAGAUAUUUGCUCAUUAAAACGAUAAUGUUCUAAGAGUGUUAAUAUUAUAAUCAGGGUGAUCACUCUGAGUACAUCAUUAUUUAUGGGAUUCUGUGUUUUAAUUCUAUUAGAUUGACGUCAUAGAUAUAUUAUUGUUAUUAUUGUGAUACUGUAAAAUAUAAUCUUGAGAUUAUCUUCAAAGAUGUAAUCAUUAUAAAUCGGUGUAUUAAUGUGGUAAUGGUAUGAUUAUCAUAUGAUUAUCAUAUCCUGCUGCUCUUUGCUGUGACACCUGAAUAUGAGGUUUGUGUGUUUGCAGAGUGUGGUGUUAUUGUCUGAUUCUUGAUUAUUCUUGACUGUAAAAAAUCUGUUUUUUUUAAUAGUCAAGAAUAAUGAAAUUUGUCCAUUCAGGCCUCCAUCUUUCUACAGCGAGGUCUGUAACAUUAACUUCAUUAUAAGAGACAGAAAAACCAAAGAGACCGACCAAUCAGGAGAGAGUAAUCUGAGACGGCGUCCUCUGCUCGUUCAAAGGCGUUGUUCUUAUUUUUUUAUUGGCUGUUGUGUCGCCUCCUGGUGUUCGGAGGGGGUAGAGCAAAGAUUUGAUCAGCUGAGGGUUUUUGUGUGACAGUUGUUUUCAGUGUUUUCUGUCUGAGCUCAGUGUCUGUUUUUAAUAUAGUUUCCUUCAUGUUCUCAGACAUUAAACCAGUGUGUCCUCCACAUUUCACUAACAUAUAUACAGACUGUCAUGGCAGUCGGGCACUGGUGAGGUCUAUGUGGUUUUAAAUACAGAAUUAGUAUUUAUAAGUUAUCAUAAUAUAAUAAUAGUAUAUAAUAUAAUAAUAUUACAUUUUAUAAACAUUUUGGUCUGCCCCCCCCCCCACAGGAAGCAGUUGCUGUGUGACAGUGGCGUUCGGGCCGCACUGGGUGGCAGUAAAGUGGCCUCUCUGCUGCCCCCUGUGGAUAAGGAGGUCUUCAGACGAUUUACAGCCGCCUCUCAGGAAGAGAGUCAACAACAACAUGACGCCAAGAAAGAGGAGGACAAUGACAAGGUAAACAAAAAAUAGUAAUAAAGAUAAUAAUGAAAUAAUAAUAACUAUAAUGCUGAUAAAAUAAUAAUACAAAUAUACAUAAUAAUAAGAUAAUAACUAUAAUGAUAAAAGUAAAAAUAAAAAUAACAAUAAUGAUGAUAAAAUAAUAUUAACAAUAAUAACAAUAAUGUUAACAAUAUAACUAUCAUAACAAUAAUGAUAAUAUUAAAAUAAUAACUAUAAUAACAAUAAUGAAAAUAAAGAAAUAAAAAUAACAAUAAUAACAAUAAUGAAAUAAUAAUAACUAUAAUGCUGAUAAAAUAAUAAUACAAAUAUACAUAAUAAUAAGAUAAUAACUAUAAUGAUAAAAGUAAAAAUAAAAAUAACAAUAAUGAUGAUAAAAUAAUAUUAACAAUAAUAACAAUAAUGAAAAUAAAGAAAUAAAAAUAACAAUAAUAACAAUAAUGAAGUAAUAAUAAUAAUGGUUACGAUAAAAAUACUAAUAACUAUAAUGAUAAUAAUAAAAUAGUAAUACAAAUAUACAUAAUAAUAAAUAAUAAUAUUAAUAAAAAAUAAUAGACAUUAUGUAAAUAACAAUAAUUAUGAUAAAAGUAAAAAUAAUUAAAACAAUAAUGACAAUAAUAAUAAUAAUGAUAAUUAUAACAACAACAACAACAACAACAACAAAAGUUGUAAACAAUCACAACAUUACAUCAUCUUCUCUUCCUAUUGGCUGUCUCUCACAGGACACAAUGAUUGGUCAGCCAAGACCAGCUGAAGACUUAGAGGCUGGGAAGCCCCUCCCAUUUUUCUAUGGAGACCCACCCCCAGAACUUCUUAAUACGCCACUGGAGGAACUCGAUCCCUUCUACCAAUCAGAGCAGGUCCUUUCAUCAUCAGAAGUUACCUGUCUGUCCUUGUCUCACCUGCUUCUGUCUCACCUGUCUCUCUCUUUUGCUCACCUGUUUGUCUCACCUGUCUCUCUCUCUCUUUCUCUCUCUCUCUCACCUCUCUCUCUCGCUCUUCCGCUCUCUCUCUCUCUCUCUCACCUGUCUCACCUGUCUCUCUCUCUCUCUCUCUCUCUCACCUGUCUGUCUCUCUCUCUCUCUCUCUCUCUCUCUCACCUGUCUCACCUCUCUCUCUCUCUCUCACCUAUCUCUCUCUCACCUGUCUCUCUCUCUCUCUCUCUCUCUCUCUCUCUCUCUCGCUCUCCCUCUCUCACCUGUCUCUCUCUCUCUCUCUCUCUCUCUCUCUCUCUCUCGCUCUCCCUCUCUCACCUGUCUCUCACUCUCUCUCUCCUCAGACCUUCCUGGUUCUGGGUAGAGGAAAUGUGAUCCACAGGUUCAGUUCUGGCCCGUCGUGUUUUCUGUUCCGCCCACUUUCCCCCGUCAGGAUCGCCGCCAUCAGAGUCCUGAUUCACUGA